AUGCCGGUCAACUGGACAUCUGGAAAAGCGAAGGCAGCAAAAAACAAAUACAGAAAAUGGUCUAAAAAAACUUGGAAAAACAAGAACGACGAUUCGCGCAGGAAGCCCUUUCGUUUUCGUCGAUCUCCUGUCAAGAAAAAGGCGGCUAAACCAAGACCGGUGAACCGAAACGGGCGGGUGACUGGUUCUGACUCUGAGGGGACGGGGUCAAGAAGAGAAGGAUGCAAGAGUACUACCGACAUCGAUGAGAUUUCCGAAACCAAUUCAGUCGGGCUUCAAGACCUUCGAAGUUCCGCUGGUCAUCAAACCACUGCACCGAACGAUCAGAAGAUCGAUGUCGAGAGAAAGAGACGAGCGUUGCUGGCUAUGACCGAUUGGGCAGGUCUUCACAUCCCUCCUUUGUCAGAUCUACACCACCAGACUCCUACUUCUUAUAAGGCGCGGCUCAAGGGGAAAGCUCCGGCCCAGAUGACCACACCUGAACGAGUCAUUGUGACGAAACCUGCCAGCGAAGUGGAGACUAGUUCUGCGCUCGGAUUGGAUAGUAGCUCGAGCAUCCAUUCCGAUUCACGUGCUAAUCAUAUGAAUACUUUCAGCUUGUCACACUCGAGUCAUGAUCCUAUCGUUUCGCCGACUCCAACUAGCCCUCGAAUCAAAAAGCCAGCCAGCAAAGUGAAAGUCCCGAAUCUCUCUACCAUAAAAAUGAAAGCAUUCAAAAAGCGCCGUCUGAUCAGCACCUGUCUGCGUUAUCGGUUCCAAGUAAGACUGAUCGUAGGGAGGUUUUUCGUCCGGAAGUACCGCUGUGGAUUGGUCGGAUUUCUGAAGCCUUGGGGUUCAGUCCACCCACCGCGAUCAGCGAAUUCGAAAAGCAAAGCGCAAUCGAGAUCGAAUCUCAACACUCCCCUCCAUCAAUCAAAUUACAUGAUACGACACCAGACUUGGAGCUUUUUGUCAAGCCGGAAAACUUGGCUAGAUCUCAUGGGCGUUUCAAGCGAGGAGGACGAUCUGAAUGGGAAUCCGGAACCGGGGAAAACCCCCUCGGCAGACCACGAACAAGAGGAAAAGAAGAAGUCGACGAGGACACGAAAGGCGGCCAAGAAAGGCCGGAAUCAGAGGAUGAAGCAAAAGAAAGACCUGAGAAAACAGUCGAUCCAGGACGAGUCUCUCGAAACUUGGUUACCUCAAAAACGAAUGACCAACUAUUGCAAACACGACACCAAACGCCAGAUCAAGGAAAUAGGCAAAGCAGGAAUUCUGAUUGGAGGUGGAGGAAUUUGGUGGGCAAGUCCAAGAACGAUCAGUUCGAUUUACUCUUUCAAGAUAGGAAUGAUGACGAACGGAUCUUCUGACUGGAAAUUACACAUAUCGAUGUAAUUAUUUACGUCUUACGAACAAUGAGGACUGCUUCAACUGGAAUCAAAUCUCAGAAGAUCAAUUCAAAUGACAUUCAUAUGUAUCCAGUAUACAGUGAACGACAAAAAUCUAGCAAUUUCAUUUUCUUACAACAGCUUUGUUCAAGAUUGUUUUUGUUUGUUUUAGGGUUUCAAGUCUUUUUAUUUGGGGAAUGUGUAGAUCUCAAAUUUAACAGU